AUGGACAUUGACCAGCCCUUGGUUCAAGCGCAAGCGCGCCGGCGGACGAAGCCCAAGGGCACCUACCGGUUGACCGACUUCAUCAUCCAACGCACGUUAGGCUGCGGUUCGUUUGGUCGGGUCCAUCUUGUGCGGAGUAAGCACAACCUCCGGUUCUACGCAAUCAAGGUUAUCAACAAGCAACAUGUCGUACGGCAAAAACAAGUCGAGCAUACGAAUAAUGAACUACACAUGCUGGAGACCGUGCAACAUCCUUUCAUCAUUAAUCUUUGGGGCUCAUUUCAAGACUCCUCCAAUCUCUACAUGGUCAUGGACUUCGUCCCGGGCGGCGAACUCUUCACUCUACUGCGGCGGUCGAACCGCUUUCCCGAUCCUGUGGCCAAGUUUUAUGCAGCUGAAGUUGCGCUCGCGCUCAACCACCUGCAUUCCCUCGAUAUCAUUUACCGCGAUCUUAAACCCGAGAACAUAUUACUCAGUGCCGACGGGCACAUCAAAAUAGCCGACUUCGGCUUCGCAAAAGAGUGCCAGAUAAACACGUAUACGUUGUGUGGUACGCCUGAUUAUCUCGCUCCGGAGAUCGUGUCCAAAAAGCGGUAUAAUAAGUCAGUUGAUUGGUAUGCCCUCGGCAUAUUGAUCUACGAAAUGCUUUAUGGCCUUCCGCCCUUCCACGAACAACCGACUAUGGAAUCCGGAACGCCAGGUCACGAAGGCGAGAAGAAUCAGAAGCCGCACAUCGUCCGCCUUUACGAUCGUAUCCUACAAGGCCCUUCCGCUGUCCGGUGGCCGCCAUUCCAGCCUCACGCUACGGAUCUUAUCUUGAAGUUACUCGAGAAGGACCCGUCUAAGCGUUACGGCAACAUGCGUGAUGGUGCAGGCGACGUGUUCGGUCACCCGUGGUUCAGGGAGGUGGAUUGGGUCAAACUCCUGAAUCGGCAAGUCAUGGCGCCAUAUAUGCCCCGAAUCACAGGAGAGGGUGAUGCCAGCCAAUUCGAGAAGUGGCCGGAAUCGGACGAGCUGACCAGGCUGUAUGGUCAGCCUGCUGCAGACCCUUACGGAUGGCAGUUCCCUGGCUUUGACUAUACCAUGUAG